GACCAGUGGAUACAUUCUGGGGCGCCGGCAGCAUGCCUGGCAAACGUAAGGGGUCUGCGCAUUUAGGGUGUUGGUGAAUCAGGUUCUGCAGCGAGGGGACUUCCUUAUCUCGAGCCAAAAGCCCGGAGCCCGAAGUGCCGGAGGAAACCCCGCCGCCUCCCCCACCUGAAGCCAAUUCCGAGGCUUUGGAAUUUCUAGCUACAAUAAGUGAUGAAGAAAUUCAGUUGCUCUAUUUCUCUGAAACUUUGAACAUGAUUUCUGAGACUAACCAGAUUCUGGGGGAGUAUUCCCUGGACAUAAAGCAAGCCUACUACUAUAGCUCUGAUGGGGACACCAGACUCAGUAUCCUAGUGCAUGCCACCAGCCGGGGUCAGCUAGAGGAAAUCCCCUGUGGGACAUCUAUCUCAGGCUAUCUCGAUUGGGAUUUGAAAACAUAUGAGCAGCACCAUCAUGAAUUCAUUAAGUUCCUACCUCUGUCAGUUGACAGGAAGACCACCUUACUGAAGCAAAAUGCAGACAUGCUGAUGACUAGAAUCCUCAAGGAAGGUGAGGUUACAAAUACAGAAAAGACAUCGUUCAGCCUGAAUAUGAUGGACGGGUUCAUCUCAGAGUCUGCCAACCUGCUCCUGCUAAGGGUGAUGGGCUGGCGAAGGAAGGUUCCCCAAAAUGCCAAAUUCCUGACCUUUGAUGGAGAAGGAAAGCUCUGCCACUCCACCUAUGAAGCCCUGGGCUUCCAAACCAUUCACCUGGGCUCAGAGCAAGCUGAAGUGUUGGUGGUAGAACAGACAGUGCAUUCUAAUGAAGACAUCCCCAUGACGUGGCAAUACUACCUGUUACCUGAUGGGCACCUGGCCAAGAGAAUCCAGGUGGGGUCCCCUUUCUGCUGCAUCAUCACCAAGAUGCCCAUAAUGAGGGAGGAGGAUGAGUUUGAUCCCAAGCCAGUGUUUGAAAAGAAACACCUGGAAUGGGAGGAAGAUGUCCAGCUCUUUGCCAUUUUCCGGGACCGGAAGGAAGAGCUCCAGGCCAGCCAUGCCACUUACAUGCGGCAUCACCCAGAGGCCCAGACCCUGAUCUCUGAUUUUUUACUCUUCCUGUUGCUCCGCCAGCCUUCUAAUGUAGUAACCUUUGCUGCUGAGUAUUUUGGGCCCUUUGCCCGGGCCCUGGACAGGCCACCUCCUUUCCGGUCCUCCAGCCGGCCCAGUCCCUUCCGAAACCCUUGCUCUUCGUCUGUCCCACACCCUUCGCUAGAGGAGAUAACAGAGAAAUCAUCAGAGGAGAAAACUGAAGACUCUUUCUCAUAGCCAAGGUGAGGCAAGAGUCUGGCCACAAGGAAGGUAGAUAGAUACCUCCAGGCAAAACACCCUGGGGCCGGAGGGCUAAUGGAGCCCUGGGAGCGUAAGAAAUGGGGGGCAGGGCAGGAUUGGGCUGGCAUUUCCUCUACUAUCAGGCCUCACUAGGAAGCCUGAAAUAAGAAUAAAUAGG